AUGGAGUGGGUAUCCUGCGCGUACGCAACACAAGCAGGCUUGGAUGAGGAGACUAAAAGGCGUUUCUGGGAGGAGUUGGAUGAGAUCGUUCGUAGUAUCCUGCCUUCCGAGAGGUUAUUCAUAAGAGGAGACUUCAAUGGUCUUAUUGGGUCGUCUGCAAGUGGUUAUACUGAGGUGCAUGGCGGCUUCGGUUUCGAGGAGCGGAACGGAGGGGGAACUUCGUUGUUGGACUUUGCCAAGGCAUUUGAUCUAGUGAUUGCGAACUCAAGUUUUCCGAAGCGGGAGGAGCAUUUGGAGGAAGAAAAGGCCAGUACGAGGCCAUCUAAGGAUUAG